AUGGUUUGGGAAAAGGAUCAAACAAGUGGAAAGUGUAAUUUUGUGUACAAAGAUUUAUUUUAUGAACCUGAAGUUUGUUUGACACAUGAUACAGAUGCUUUUAAAAAAGGCAAACCCAGUUACCUUGAACUAGAUGAUUUGGCAGGACAGAUUGGUAAAGUGUGGAAGAGACUGGGAAUUCGCCUUGGCAUUCCUGAUGAUGUAUUGGACGAUAUAACUGCUAAUGCAGAAGAUAAACCACUUGAGAUGUUACUUUGCUGGACAAAUACAACAACUUCGGCUACACCUUAUCAUGACCUCUACAAUGCCUUGUGUCAUAGUAGAGUUGGGUUGAAUAACUUGGCCAAAGAAUUUUGUUAUACAGGUGCUUUUAAAAAAGGCAAACCUAGUGACCGUGAACUAAAUGAUUUGACAGGACAGAUUGGUAAAGUGUGGAAAAGACUGGGAAUUCCCCUUGGCAUUCCUCAUGAUGUAUUGGAUGAUAUAACUGCUAAUGCAGAAGAUAAACCACUUGAGAUGUUACUUCGCUGGCGAAAUACAACAACUUCGGCUACACCUUAUCAUGAACUCUACGAUGCCUUGUGUCAUCCAAGAGUUGGUCUUGAUAACUUGGCCAAAGAAUUUUGUCACAUACCAGCUGGGAAGAGAGAGUUGCCAUGUUCAAGUAACCAUCCAGAUGCUAAACGACCCAGGUUUGCAGCCAAUUCUCUUGAGAUAAGCAUUGAUUGUGAAACUGUCAAAGCAAAAGGACUGAAUAGGACUUCAGAUUCAACAAACUUGGCACAAUGCAAGGAAGGAACUGAAGGAGCAGUGCCGACAGAGGAUGACACUCGCUCAGCUGAGAAGUUUUUGCUUAGAAUUGCACAGGAUUACUAUCACAGUGUGAAACCAUCUGACAGAAAGGGAUUUGACGACUUCCUUAAAUAUUUAACCAGAAUGAGAGGUGUUCUAAUCCAAGAUGUUAAGUCUGGCAGUCUAGUAAUCACAGUCAAGUGUGCGUCAUUGCAGGUCCUUGAAGAACUCUGGGCUGACUAUACAUGUGGGCAUCUGAAUGAAGUGGUACAAAAAUGUCUUGUAACAGAGGAUAUCCUUACUGAUCUUGGCCUUGCCGAGUUGAAGCUGAAGACUACCAUAAGAGAAGAUGACUACGAGGAAUGUAAACAAUUCUUCCAGGAAUUAGGUUGGUUCAAAAAUAUACGAUUAUCAAGUUAAUUAUCCUAAUGUAGAGUUUAGAUGGAUGUCAUCUAGUUGACUUUGAUUGAAAUGAGCAGUGCCUUGCCAUGAUGUACAUUGUAACAAGCCACACAUUGAAAUGAACAAAGUUUCAAAUACAUAUCAUAUGCACUUUACUGAGCUAAGUUAAAUUAUGGCAGGCAAAGGGCUGAUAGGGUCCUACCAUGUGCAAUAAGGCACCUAUCUAAUUACAAUUUUGUAGAUAGCGAAACUAAAUCACUGUAGUUAAGCAAAUGUAACUGAAGGAUGGUUCACUUAUAGGUGUCAGAGGAGUUGACUCUUAUCUCUAGACUCUAAACCUCGUACGCUGUUUCUGCAAGUCCACCCUCACAAGGUCGCAUAAAUACUCAAAGGUUUUGCGUGUCCCUCUAAAAUGUUCUUUCCAAUGAAAAUUCAGCACUAGAUUUAUGUACAAACUGCGAAACUAGGUUUGUGGAUGUGGCCCAACCCAAGUUCUUCUUCUUCCUGGCGCGUUUUGUUGAUUCAUUUGACUCAAAAACAUCAGCAUAAUUCCUCAUUGGUUUCUUCGUCUUAUUCGAAAGUCCUCAUCCACAACGAGAAAGUGAUAAGCUUGGUGAAAUGGCACUGCCUGCUGUCGUUGCUGAAAGAAAAUUAAAAGCCAAACGAGAAGAGGAAUUUUGAUAUUGCGAGGUUGCAUGAUGUACGAUUGGUGCACCCACUCACAUGGUUGAAUAUAUUGUGCAACAAAAGUUAUUGUUUUGUGAUACCUGAAGAGAGUAGAAACCCAGGUGUGAGGAACGCUUUCUCUUGAUAGUCUUAAGAAAUUCAUCAUAACUACCUGAGACCUGAGAACCUUGAAUGACCAGUUUUGAUAAUUAGAGUUGUCGUUUAUAUUUGGUAAAAUUUCUCCAACUAGAGGUGGUGGCAGAGGUCAAGUGGUUAAGGGGCUGGAUUUGUAAUCCACAGUUCCCGGGUUGAAAUCCCUCUCUCUGCCACGAGAUAGAUUUGUGUUGGGUGGUCCCAAAUUUAAUUUCUCCACAUCUUGUAAAUAGUCAACUGGUAAGCGUCCAACCAGCUGGGAUUUUUGACAAGUUUUCAACUAUAAUUGUAGACCCGACUCGCGUACUCGAGAGAUCAGCGGAAA